AUGCUAUCACGGUCGUCAAAUGACCCUUUUACGGGUCACAUUGACUCUCUUGCCACUUUACAUGAAGUGAUGAGGUUCAUUCCAUAUAAUCGACGGACUCUUUGUGCUAUGCGUUGCGUAUCAAAGCCGUAUCGUCGGGCUGUGCAGCAUCCGAAAGGUCCUUGGGCAGCGCACGAGGAGAUCAUGAUGUCUAAAUACGGUCAAUGCAUUAUCUUUAAUGCUAAGGAAGAUGCUGAAGGACGCUCAAACUUUGGUCUGUGCUCUGUUUCACCAAUGGGGCGGAAGUUUAGGACAUGUAGCGCGAAUUUGCUGGGCCGUUACCACCAACUUGUAGCUGAUGGUCUCACUCGGCUUGUGUUGCACCAUGCGCAGAUUACUGUAGAGUUUUUUGAUGCACUUGGCCCUCUCAAAAAUCUAAAAAUACUUGAGUUGGUGGCGUGUCGGGAAAUUAAAGCUAUUGGAAAUGCCAGCCGAGCGGUAAAUUUGGAGUCACUAGAAGUAGACCUAUGCCCACUUGAACCUGACGGCGUUGCUGGUCUAUUACUACCAAAGCUAAAACGACUGAAACUUCACUCAUGUUUUGAUCUGUGUCAUCUAAAUAGUAUAGCCAAGGAGACAGCUGCCUCGCUGGAGGAGUUAUACAUAGAGAACUGUAACGUAUAUGAUCCAACUGGGAAGAAUUUUUUUGCAAAUCUCACUCCUAAACUACGAAUUCUUCAUGUGCCUGGAAAUCACAUUGAUACAGCACUUACAUGUAUUCAUGAGGUUGUUCGGGAACAAGGGCUUACAUCAUUGCACUUAAGAGAAACUCCUCUGCGGUUUGAAACACUUUGCGAGAUAGCUCCAUCGAUGCAUGAGCGAUUAGAGUUUCUUUCAUUAGAGUCUUGUACGGAGUUAGAAAGUUUUGAACCCUUAGGGAGACUUCAGCAACUCCGGUUUCUGGAUGUAUCAGGUUCAUAUCAUGGAGAGGGUUUGCAUUUUCUGACAUCCUGCUCUAAACUAGAGUUAUUUCGUAUGGCUAACGCUCAAAUAGAUAAUAUUGUGUUCCUUUCCUCAUUGCAAGCACUUCGUGUUUUAGAUGCACCAAACUCUCUACUUAAUGAUGCAUCUUUGAUGUUUCUAGAAAAACUCCCAAUGCUUGAUACAGUUGUUUUAACAGGUUGUAUUCUUAUCACAGAUGUGAAUGUAUUGUGGACAUGUCCACGAAUUCGACGUAUUUUCUGUACUCAAACAGGAGUUACAAAUGAAGGGAUAUCACUUUUAACUGAAUGCACUCAAUUAGAAGAACUUGAUCUUAAGUUGACAGCAGUUACUGAUGUUAAUUUUCUCGUUGCUUGUCCUUCACUAAAAUAUAUAAACGUUUGUAGUGCAGUGAGUAGUGCUGAAGGAGUUCAGGCACUUUUGAAUAAAAAGGGUUUGGAAGUUAUUUGUGACUCGUUUGAUAUUAGAAAUGACUUUGGUGAUAUGUAG